AUGGCCCCAAAAAUCUCAACUUUGAGAUCAAUUAUUUUGCUUCUAUUAGCAUUAAUGCUCUCUUUAGUCACAAAUAUCCAAUCCAAACCAAGCAAACAGAACGCCUUUGAGUUUAUCAACAACGUGAAGGGAUGCCAUAAGGGCCAAAACGUCUCCGGACUCCACCACCUCAAGCAAUAUCUUGAGAACUUUGGCUACUUGCACAACGAUGACGUCGUUCAUCGCAACCACAAACACGAUAACAACGUCGUCGCCAACAACCACGCCAACAACGACGUUUUCGACGACGCCUUAGAGUCCGCCGUCAAAUCCUACCAAAGGAACUUCCACCUCGAAGUCACCGGAACCCUAGACUCCGCAACAGUGAAGCAGAUGACCAUGCCAAGAUGUGGGAUCCCGGAUGUCAUAAACAACAACAACACCAAGAAGUCAACCUCUUCUGAUAAAAAAGUAUACAAAAAUCGCAAGCUCAUAAACUUUGUCUCUCACUACUCUUUCUUCCAAGGAAACCCUCGUUGGCAAAAAUCCCGCUUGACUUACCGCUUCCGUUCGAGCGCAUCGGCGGCGCCCGGGAUGGAGAACGUAAGGUCCGCCUGCGCAAGUGCGUUCCAGAAGUGGGCACGUGUGAGCCACUUCACGUUUGAGGAAGUGUCGUCUAGUUCACAGGCAGAUAUUGAGAUCGGAUUCCACGGCGGCAACCACGGGGACAACUAUCCGUUCGACGGGUUCGGGGGGACUCUGGCCCACGCCUUUGCGCCGAGCCGCGGGUGGCUCCAUUUCGACGCCGACGAGUCUUGGAGCGUGAACCCGGGUCGGAACCAGGUGGACUUGGAAUCUGUUGCGGUGCAUGAGAUAGGGCACGUUCUUGGUCUCGGUCACGAGCCCAACAUUCCUAAUGCGAUCAUGUAUCCGACCUUUUCCUAUGGGGCGACCAAGAGGGAUUUGCAUGAAGAUGAUGUGAGAGGAAUACGUGCUUUGUAUGGUUUGAAUUGA